AUGAGAUUUGGGAAGGAAGGCAAGCUACCACCUAGAUACAUAGGACCUUUUGAGCUCAUUGAUAGAGUUGGAACAGUUGCUGACCAGUUGGUGUUACCACCAAGCCUUUCUCACGUCCACCCAGUGCUCCACAUUUCCAUGCUUAGGAAGUACAUACCUGAUCCUUCCUAUGUGUUACAACCCGAUAUAGUGGAGUUAAAGGAAAACCUAACCUUCGAGGAGCAGCCAAUAGCCAUAGUGGACUUUCAGAUGAGGCAGCUAUGGUCAAGACAGAUCCCUAUGGUUAAGGUUUUGUGGAGAAGCCAAUCGGUAGAAGAGUGUACCUGGGAGUCAGAGCAAGACAUGCGCAAUAAGUAUCCAUACUUGUAUACUGUGUAA